CCCCGAGAGCGCGGACAUGGCGCUGCCGCCGCCUCCCGCCGCCCCCGGCCCGGCCCGAUGCCGCCGCCGCCGCCUCUGUUUCUCCGGACGCCUCCUGGGCCGCCCCACGCCGGCGCCCUCCCGGUGCUGAAGCCUCGCCGGCGCCGCCGCCAUGGCGCCGCCGCGCCUGCCCUGAUCCCGUCCCCUCGCCGCGCCCGGUGGCCCGGGGCCGCCAUGCGCCGACCAUGAUGAUGGCCCGCAAGCAAGAUGGCCGCACGCCCACCUACAACGUCAGCGUGGUGGGACUGUCCGGCACCGAGAAGGAGAAAGGCCAGUGCGGCGUGGGCAAGUCUUGCCUUUGCAACCGCUUCGUGCGGCCGAGCGCCGACGACUUCCACUUGGAGCACACGUCCGUGCUCAGCACCAGUGACUUUGGGGGCAGGGUGGUCAACAAUGACCACUUCCUCUACUGGGGCGAGGUGGCGCGGCCCUUGGAGGAGUGCGUGGAGUGUCGCGUCCACGUGGUGGAGCAGACGGAGUUCAUCGACGACCAGACCUUCCAACCUCACCGCAGCACGGCUUUGCAACCCUACAUCAAGAGGGCGGCGGCCACCAAGUUGGCGUCGGCCGAGAAGCUCAUGUACUUCUGCACCGACCAGCUGGGUUUGGAGCAGGACUUCGAGCAGAAGCAGAUGCCCGACGGCAAGUUGCCGGUGGACGGUUUCUUGCUCUGCGUCGACGUCAGCCGCGGCAUGAACCGCAACUUCGACGAGCAGCUCAAGUUCGUGUCCAACCUCUACAACCAACUGGCCAAGACCAAGAAGCCGGUGGUGGUGGUGUUGACCAAGUGCGACGAGGGCGUGGAGCGCUACAUCCGCGACGCGCACGCCUUCGCCUUGGGCAAGAAGAACCUGCAGGUGGUGGAGACCUCGGCGCGUUCCAACGUCAACGUGGACCUGGCCUUCGGCACCUUGGUGCAGCUGGUGGACAAGAGCCGCGGCAAGGCCAAGAUCAUCCCCUACUUCGAGGCCCUCAAGCAGCAGAGCCAGCAGAUCGCCGCCGCCAAGGACAAGUACGAGUGGCUCGUCAGCCGCAUCGUCAAGAGCCACCACGAGGCCUGGCCCAACGUCAGCCGCAAGAUGCAGCCGGCGCCCGAGUACCAGGACUACGUCUACUUGGAGGGCACCCAGAAGGCCAAGAAGCUCUUCCUGCAGCACGUCCAGCGCCUCAAGCAGGAGCACAUCGAGCGUCGCCGCAAGGUCUACCUGGCCCUGCUGCCCCAGGCCUUGGACGCCCUCGUGCCGGACCUGGACGAGAUCGACCACUUGAGCCGCGCCAAGGCCGAGAAGCUGCUGGAGGCCAAGCCCGACUUCCUCAAGUGGUUCGUGGUGUUGGAGGAGACGCCGUGGGACGCCACCGGCCACGUGGACGACGUGGACAACGAGCGCAUCCCCUUCGACCUGCUGGAGACGCCGGCGGCCGAGCAGCUCUACGAGGCCCACCUGGAGAAGCUGCGCAACGAGCGCAAGCGCGCCGAGAUGCGGAGGGCGUUCCGCGAGAACCUGGAGACGUCGCCCUUCGUCACGCCCGGCAAGCCCUGGGAGGAGGCCAGGAGCUUCAUCAUGAACGAGGACUUCUACCUGUGGUUGGAGGAGUCCGUCUACAUGGACAUCUACGGCAAGCACCAGAAGCAGCUGAUCGACAAGGCCAAGGAGGACUUCCAGGAGCUGCUGCUGGAGUACUCGGAGCUCUUCUACGAGCUGGAGCUGGACGCCAAACCCAGCAAGGAGAAGAUGGGCGUCAUCCAGGAGGUUCUGGGCGAGGAGCAGAGGUUCAAGGCUCUGCAGAAGCUCCAGGCCGAGCGCGACGCCCUCAUCCUCAAGCACAUCCACUUCGUCUACCACCCCACCAAGGAGACGUGUCCCAGCUGCGCCGCCUGCGUGGACGCCCGCGUGGAGCAGCUGCUGGCCUCGCGUUUCGUCCGGCACCACCGCAACCCCUCGGCCGACUCCAACGUCGACCGCAUCAACCUGGUCAUCCUGGGCAAGGACGGCUUGGCGCGCGAGCUGGCCAACGAGAUCCGCGCGCUCUGCACCAACGACGACAAGUACGUCAUCGAGGGCAAGAUGUACGAGUUGGCCUUGAGGCCCAUCGAGGGCAACGUCCGCUUGCCGGUCAACGCCUUCCAGACGCCCACCUUCCAACCUCACGGUUGCCUUUGCCUCUACAACUCCAAGGAGUCCUUGUCCUACGUGGUGGAGAGCAUCGAGAAGAGCCGCGAGUCGGCCGCGGGUCGCCGCGACGGCCACUCGGCGCAGCUGCCCUUGACGCUCGUCUUGGUCAACAAACGCGGCGGCGGCGACGCCGGCGGCGAGACCUUGCAGAGCUUGAUCCAGCAAGGGCAGCAGAUCGCCAGCAAGCUCCAGUGCGUCUUCCUCGACCCGGCCUCGGCCGGCAUCGGGUACGGCCGAAACAUCAACGAGAAGCAGAUCGGCCAAGUCCUCAAGGGCUUGCUGGACGCCAAACGCAACCUCAACCUGGUGGUGGGCUCCACGCCGGGCUCGAAGGACGCGUCGGACGGCGCCGACCUGCGCGUGGUGAUGUGCCUGAUGUGCGGCGACCCGGCGAGCGCCGACGAGGUGCUGCUGCCCAUCCUGCAGGCGCAGCCGUGCCGGCCGGCGCCGGGCGGCGGCGCCGCGGUGCUGCUGGAGGCGGCGGUGGGGUCGCAGCGGCGACGGGUGGAGCUGUCCUUGCUGUCCUACCACGCGUCGUUCGGCUUGAGGAAGAGCCGGUUGGUGCACGGUUACAUCGUCUUCUACGCGGCCAAACGCAAGGCGUCCUUGGCCACCUUGCGCGCCUUCCUGGCCGACGUUCAGGACAUCGUGCCCGUCCAGCUGGUGGCCUUGGCCGACGGCUCGGCCGACCUGCUGGACAACGACGUCGGCCGCGAGCAGUUGGCCGAGGGCGAGGAGAUCGCCCAGGAGAUCGAGGCCAGGUUCGCCGCUCUGCCCUGCGGUCAACCCCAGGCCAAGCUGGAGGUCUUCCAACCGUUCUUCAAGGACGCGUUGGACAAGAAGAACAUCGUGGAGGCCGCCCACAUGUACGACAACGCCGCCGAGGCCUGCGGCGCCGGCGAGGACGUCUUCAACUCGCCGCGCGCCGGAUCGCCGCUCUGCAACUCCAACCUGCCCGACUCCGAGGAGGACCCCGAACCUCUGCCCGGCUACAGCCCCUUCCGCGAGGAGCCGCCCGUGCCCGCCUUGCCCAAGGACCACUCCAAGCUGUCCAUGGAGCUGGAGGGCAACGACGGCCUGAGCUUCAUCUCGGUGGUGGGCGCCUUCGACGGCAAAGCCAACAACAAGAUCCCGCCGCCGGUCAAGCCGAAACCGCCGGUUCACUUCGACGUCAAGGGCGACCUGGGCUACCUGGAGCAAAGCCACCGCGAGGUCCAACGGCGCUCGGUGUCCUCCUCCACGUGGCUGCCGCCGGAUUGCUUCGACCCUUCGGAUUACGCCGAGCCCAUGGACGCGGUGGUGAAACCGCGCAACGAGGAGGAGAACAUCUACUCGGUUCCUCACGACAGCACCCAAGGCAAGAUCAUCACGGUGAGGAACAUCAACAAGGCCACCUCCAACGGCAGCGGCAACGGCUCGGACAGCGAGAUGGACACCAGCUCCUUGGAGCGCGGCCGGAGGCUGCCGGCCGUCACCAAGCCCUCGCUGUACCGGGCGCGGUGCGCGCGGCUCGGACGGUUCGCCGGCUACCGGCCCGGCCUGAGCGUCGGGAGCGACGACGAGUUGGGACCGGGGAGGAAGAAGGACGAGGAACCGGGCGGUCAAGGUGGUUACAAAGGGGACAACGCGGUCAUGGCCUACGAGGCGGGCGAUGGAGAGGAUCCGCGCAGGAGGAACAUCCUGAGGAGCCUCAGGAGGACCACCAAGAAGCCGAAGGCCAAGGCGCGCCCGUCGCUCUCCAAGGCUCCGUGGGAGAGCAGCUACUUCGGGGUGCCCCUGGCCAGCGUGGUCACCCCAGAGCGGCCCAUCCCCGUCUUCAUCGAGCGCUGCAUCCAGUACAUCGAGGCCACCGGGCUGAGCACGGAGGGGAUUUAUCGAGUGAGCGGCAACAAAUCGGAGAUGGAGAGUCUGCAACGCCAGUUCGACCAGGGUAACCCCAAAAAAACCCCAAAAAAACCCCAAAAAACCCCAAAAUCUCCUCAAAAAAUCAUUAAAAAGAAAAGAAAAAUCCAAAAGGUCCCAGAAAAAGCAAAAAAAUCCCCAAAAUUCCCCCAAAAAUCCCAAAAAAAUCCAAAAAAAAAAGGGAAAAAUGGCCCCAAAAGCGGUGACCCUGGUGGUCAGGAGGAACCUGAUGGUGGUCACUGUGGUGUUGUCCACCCCAGGGUCAGCCAACAACACCGCGUCAACCUGAUGACCAGCGAGAACCUUUCCAUCUGCUUCUGGCCCACCUUGAUGCGGCCGGACUUCAGCACCAUGGACGCGCUGACGGCCACCAGGACCUACCAGACAAUCAUCGAACUCUUCAUCCACCAGUGCCCCUUCUUCUUCUCGCUCCGGCCACCUCCGGACACGCCCGGCUCGCCCGGUCCGGCUCCGGCCGCCGCCGCCUCCUUCCCGCCGCCGCCCGCCGCCGCCGCCGCCGCCGCCGUCACCUCCUCGGACGCCGUCGCCGCCGCCGGAGCCGCUGGAGUGACCGUCGGCGUGUCCGGCCAAAACGGGGACCCCUCCGGACGUGACGGACGGACGGACGGACGUGGUGGUGGUGGUGGUGGAGGGGGGAGGGGCUCUCGGACGUUGGCGGGGACGUUUGUCCCAGACUUUGGCCAGGCCGGACGGACGGAUGGACGGAUGGACAGAUGGACGGACGGAUGGGAGGGGAUGCGAGAGGGUGAGGGGUGUCCCUGUGGUGGCCUGAGGGUCACUCGAGGUGGUCCAAGGGUCAUCCAAGGUGGGCCAGGGUGGCCUGAGGGUCAUCCGAGGUGGGCCAGGGUGGUCCAAGGGUCAUCCAAGGUGGUCCAAGGUGGCCUGAGGGUCAUCCAAGGUGGGCCAGGGUGGCCUGAGGGUCAGCUGAGGUGGUCUGAGGGUCAUUCCAGGUGGUCCAAGGGUCAUCCAAGGUGGGCCAGGGUGGUCCAAGGGUCAUCCAGGGUGGGCCAGGGUGGCCUGAGGGUCACUCGAGGUGGUGCAGGGGUCAUCCAAGGUGGGCCAGGGUGGUCCAAGGUGGUCCAAGGGUCAUCCAAGGUUGUCCAAGGUGGCCUGAGGGUCAUCCAAGGUGGUCCAAGGGUCAUUCCAGGUGGUCCAAGGGUCAUCCAAGGUGGGCCAGGGUGGUCCAAGGUGGUCCAAGAGUCAUCCAACGUGGUCCAAGGUGUUCUGAGGGUCAUUCAAGGUGGUCCAAGGGUCAUUCCAGGUGGUCCAGGGUGGCCUGAGGGUCACUCGAGGUGGUCCAAGGUGGUCCAAGGGUCAUCCAAGGUUUUCCAAGAUGGCCUGAGGGUCAUUCCAGGUGGUCUCAGGUGGUGCAAGUGUCAUCCAACAUGGUCCAAGGUGGCCUGAGGGUCAUCCAAGGUGGUCCAGGGUGGCCUGAGGGUCACUCGAGGUGGUCCAAGGGUCAUUCCAGGUGGUCCAAGGUGGCCUGAGGGUCAUUCCAGGUGGUCCAAGGUGGCCUGAGGGUCAUCCAAGGUGGUCCAAGGUGGCCUGAGGGUCAUCCAGGGUGGCCCAAGGGUCGUCCAGCAUUCACUGAGGUCCAUCCGACGUUGUCCAGUGUAGCCCGAGGUUCAUCCAAGGUGGUCCAGGGUGGCCUGAGGGUCAUCCAGGGUGGCCUGAGGUGGUUGAAGGUCCAGCCAAGGUGGCCCAAGCUCCAUCUGAGGUGUCUAAGGUGGUCCAAGAUGGCCCCAGGUCCAUCUGAGGUUGCCCAAGCUCCAUCCCAGGAGAUCCAGGGUGGCCCAGGGUGGUUGAAGGUCCAGCCAAGGUGGCCCAAGCUCCAUCUGAGGUUGCCCAACAUCCAGCCAAGAUGGUCCAUGGUGGCCCCAGGUCCAUCCAAGGUGGCCCAAGCUCUAUCCAAGGUUGCCCAAGGUGCUCUGAGGUGGCCCAAGGUGAUUAAAGGUCCAGCCAAGGUUGUCCAAGCUCCAUCUGAGGUGGUCACAGGUUGUUCAAGGUCCAUCCAAGGUGGCCCAAGAUGGCCCCGGGUCCAUCCAAGGUGGCCCAAGGUCCAUCCACGGUGGGCCAAGAUUGUCCAAGGUCCAUCUGAGGUGGCCCCAGGUUGUCCAAGGUCCAUCCGAGGUGGCCCAGGGUCCAUCCGAGGUGGCCCCAGGUCCAUCUGAGGUGGCCCAGGUCCAUCCGAGGUGGCCCAGGUCCAUCCGAGGUGGCCCCAGAUUCAUGCAAGGUUCCCCAGGGUCCAUCCGAGGUGGCCCAGGGUCCAUCCAAGGUGGCCCCAGGUCCAUCUGAGGUGGCCCCAGGUCCAUCCGAGGUGGCCCAGGGUCUUUUCAAGGUCGUCCAUGGUGGUUGAAGGUCCAUCCGAGGUGGCCCAGGGUCUUUUCAAGGUCGUCCAUGGUGGUUGAAGGUCCAUCCGAGGUGGCCCCAAGUCCAUCCGAGGUGGCCCAGGUCCAUCCGAGGUGGCCCCAGGUCCAUCCGAGGUUGCCCAGGGUCCAUCCGAGGUUGCCCAGGGUCCAUCCGAGGUGGCCCAGGGUCCAUCCGAGGUGGCCCAGGUCCAUCCGAGGUGGCCCCAGGUCCAUCCGAGGUUGCCCAGGGUCCAUCCGAGGUUGCCCAGGGUCCAUCCGAGGUUGCCCAGGGUCCAUCCGAGGUGGCCCAGGGUCCAUCCGAGGUGGCCCAGGGUCCAUCCGAGGUGGCCCAGGGUCCAUCCGAGGUGGCCCCAGGUCCAUCUGAGGUGGCCCGGGGUCUUUUCAAGGUGGUCCAAGGUGGUUGAAGGUCCAUCCAAGGUGGCACCAGGUCCAUCCGAGGUGGUUCAAGGUCCAUCCGAGGUUGCCCAGGGUCCAUCUGAGGUGGCCCCAGGUCCAUCCAAGGUUGCCCAGGGUCCAUCUAAGGUGGCCCCAGGUCCAUCCGAGGUGGCCCCGGCUCCAUCCGAGGUGGCCCCGGCUCCAUCCGAGGUGGCCCCGGCUCCAUCCGAGGUUGCCCAGGGUCCAUCUAAGGUGGCCCCAGGUCCAUCUGAGGUGGCCCCAGCUCCAUCCGAGGUGGCCCAAGGUCCAUCCAAGAUGGUCCCAGGUUCAUCCAAGGUGGCCCUGGCUCCAUCCGAGGUGGUUCCAGGUGGCCCCAGCUCCAUCCGAGGUGGCCCAGGGUCCAUCCGAGGUGGCCCAGGGUCCAUCCGAGGUGGCCCCGGGUCCAUCUGAGGUGGUUCCAGGUGGCCCCAGGUCCAUCCAAGGUUGCCCAGGGUCCAUCCGAGGUGGCCCAGGGUCCAUCCGAGGUGGCCCCAGCUCCAUCCGAGGUGGUUCCAGGUGGCCCCAGCUCCAUCCCAGGAGAUCCUGAAGCCACCUGAGGCCACCAGAAGCUCCUCAGAUCCCCCAAGACCCCAAAAUCCCCCAAAAAAUCCCCCCAAAAUCCCCAAAAAUCCCCCAAAAUCCCCAAAAUCCCCAAAAUCCCCAAAUCGGCCCCGAAGCACUUCCGGGGGUGGGGGAGGGGCCUCGUCCUCCCCUCCCCCCCCAAGCUGGGCUUUUCCCACCAAAAAAAAUUCGGGAAUUUGGGCAAAUUUGGGGCAAAUUUGGGGGAUUUGGGGAGCGGAACGCGGUGGGACCUCCGGGACCUCCCGGCUCCUCCUGGCACUUUACGACCCCCCCAGGGCAAAAAAAUUAAAAAUAAAAAUUAAAAAUAAAAAUUAAAAUUCAAUUAAAAAAAUAAAAAGGCUCCAAAUCCCAAAUUUCUCAAUUUUGGGGAUUUAGGGAAAAAAAAAAACAAAAAAAUUGGGGGGAAAAAGGGAAAAAAAUGGAUUUUUUAACAGGGAAAUUGUGGGUUUUUUCAUUAAAAAAUUCAGAUUUUCCGCUCAAAUAUUCGGGGUUUUUUCCCCUAAAAAAUCAAAAUUUUUCAAGAAAAAAUCAGAAUUUUUCAGCCUAAAAAAAUCAGAAUUUUUUCACUGCAAAAUCCAAAUUUUUUCCCAAAAAAAUUCAAAUUUUUUCCCAAAAAAUCCGAGUUUUUCACCGAAAAAAUUUCAAAUUUUUUCCCAAAAAAUCAGAAUUUUUCAGCCUAAAAAAAUCAGAAUUUUUUUCACUGCAAAAUGCAAAUUUUUUCCCGAAAUAUCCGAAUUUUUUCCCAAAAAAAUCAGAGUUUUUCACCAAAAAAUUUCAAAUUUUUUCCCCAAAAAAUCAAAAUUUUUCACCAAAAAAUUUCAAUUUUUUCCCAAAAAAAUCAAAGUUUUUCACCGAAAAAAUUUCAAAUUUUUUCCCAAAAAUCAGAAUUUUUCAGCCUAAAAAAAUCAGAAUUUUUUUCACCACAAAAUCCAAAUUUAUUCCCAGAAAAUCCAAAUUUUUUCCCAAAAAAUCAGAGUUUUUCACUGAAAAAAUUCAAUUUUUUUUCCAAAAAAUCAGAGUUUUUCAGCCUAAAAAAAUCAGAAUUUUUUCACUGCAAAAUCCAAAUUUUUUCCUAAAAAAUCCAAAUUUAUUCCAAAAAAAUCAGAGUUUUUCACCGAAAAAAUUUCAAAUUUUUUUCCUAAAAAAUCAGAGUUUUUCACAAAAAAAUUUCAAAUUUUUUUCCCAAAAAAUCAAAAUUUUUCACCGAAAAAAUUUCAAAUUUUUUCCCAAAAAAUUCAGUUUUUUCCCCAAAAAUUCAAUUUUCUUCCCCCAAAAAAUUCGGAAUUUUUCCCCCCAAAAAAAUCUAUUUUUUUUUCCGAAAAAAUUAAUUCUUUAUGCUAAAAAUUAAGGGGUUUUUCCCCCCAAAAUCAGAAUUUCUCACCCUAAAAAAUCUGAAUGUUUUUCACUAAAAAAUCAAUUUUUUCACCAAAAAAAUCCAAAUUUUUUCCCAAAAAAAAAUCAGAAUUUUUCACCAAAAAAAUCCAAUUUUUCACCAAAAAAAUCCAAAUUUUUACCAAAAAAUUCAGGUUUUUUCCCUUCAAAAAUUCAGAUUUUUUUACCAAAAAAUCAGAUUUUUUCACCCCAAAAAAUCUGAAUUUUUUUUUCCCUUAAAAAAUCAAUUUUUUCACCAAAAAAUUUUAGAUUUUUCACCAAAAAAAUUCCAAAUUUUCCCCAAAAAUUCCCUUUUUCCCUCACCAAAAAUUAUCUUUUUUAUCCCCCCAAAAAUCAAUUUUAUUUCCAAAAUGAUUCAAUUUUUUUUCACUAAAAAUUAAAGUUUUUUCCCCAAAAAAAUUCUCAUCUUUUCCUUCAAAAUUCAGAUUUUUUACCAAAAAAUUUCCAAUUUUUUCCCCCCAAAAAUUCAGGUUUUUCCCCUAAAAAAUUGAUUUUUCUGCUGGAAUUUUUUGGAGAAUUUUAGGGAAAUUUUGGGAGAUUUUUGACCCAAAAAAUUGGGAAAAAAUACCCAAAAAUUCAAUUUUUUUCCCCAAAAAUUGGAGUUUUUUCCCCGUAAAAAUUUUAAUUUUUUAGCUGGAAUUUUUUUAGAAUUUUAGGGGGAUUUUGACCGAAAAAAUUGGGAAAAAAUACCACAAAAAAUUCAAUUUUUUCCCCAAAAAUUGGAGUUUUUUCCCCGUAAAAAUUUUAAUUUCUUAGCUGGAAUUUUUUUAGAAUUUUAGGGGGAUUUUGACCUAAAAAAUUGGGAAAAAAUACCCCAAAAAUUCAAUUUUUUUCCCCAAAAUUGGAGUUUUUUCCCCGUAAAAAUUUGAUUUUUUAGUUGGAAUUUUUUCAGAAUUUUUUUAGAAUUUUAGGGGGAUUUUGACCUAAAAAAUUGGGAAAAAAUACCCCAAAAAAUUCAAUUUUUUUCCCAAAAAUUGGAGUUUUUUUCCAGUAAAAUUUGAUUUUUUAGUUGGAAUUUUUUUAGAAUUUUUUUAGAAUUUUAGGGGGAUUUUGACCUAAAAAAUUGGGAAAAAAUACCGCAAAAAAUUCAAUUUUUUUCCCCAAAAAUUGGAGUUUUAUCCCCAUAAAAAUUUGAUUUUUUAGUUGGAAUUUUUUCAGAAUUUUUUUAGAAUUUUAGGGGGAUUUUGACCUAAAAAAUUGGGAAAAAAUACCACAAAAAAUUCAAAUUUUUUCCCCAAAAAUUGAAAAUUUUUUCCAGUAAAAAUUUGAUUUUUUAGCUGGAUUUUUUUUAGAAUUUUAGGGGGAUUUUGACCUAAAAAAUUGGGAAAAAAGACCAAAAAAAUUCAAUUUUUUUCCCCAAAAAUUGGAGUUUUAUCCCUGUAAAAAUAUGAUUUUUUAACUGGAUUUUUUUUAGAAUUUUAGGGGGAUUUUGACCUAAAAAAUUGGGAAAAAAUACCACAAAAAAUUCAAUUUUUUCCCCAAAAAAACAGUUUUCCGUCCCAAAAAAUUCGAUUUUUCCGCUUGAAUUUUUGGGGAGUUUUUGGGUGAAUUUUGGGGGGUUUUGACCUAAAAAAUCGAAAUAAAAAAACCCCAAAAUUUCAAUUCUUUCCCCAAAAAACAGAGUUCUUUCCCAUAAAAAUUUGAUUUUUCUGCUGGAAUUUUUGAGUAAAUUUUGGCGGAUUUUGCCCCAAAAAAUUAGGAAAAAAAUCCCCCAAAAAUUCAAUUUUUAUCCCCAAAAAUUGGGGUUUUUCCCUUAAAAAAUCCGAUUUUCCCGCUGAUUUUGGAGCCUCCGUAAAUUAUCGUCGGAUUAAUUAAUAACAAUUAAUUAAAAAAUCCGGAAUUUUCACCAAAAUUUUUUGGGUGGGGUAAAAAUCCGGAAUUUUGGGGCGAUUUUUGGGUUAAAAAUCCCUAAAAAAUCGGAAUUUUCGGCAGAAUUUUGGGGUUUUUUCGAGGUUUUUCCGGGGGAUUUUUGGAGGAAUUUUUGGGAUUUUCCCGGGAAUUUUUUGGGGAUUUGGUGCAUGAGGAAAAAAAGCGCCGGAAUUGGGAAAAUCCGGGAGGAAGAGGAGGAAAAAAGAGGAAAAAAAAGGAAAAAAAAAACGAUUAAAAAAUGAAAAGAAUUGAGGAGAAAA